AUUUUUAGUACGUCCACAAGAUAGAAAAUAUCAACGUAUUUUAUGGAGAAAUACGUCUGGUAUUAUCAAAACAUAUGAAUUAAAUACUGUAACAUUUGGUCUUGCUCCAUCACCAUUCCUAGCUAUACGAUGUCUACAUAAAUUAGCUGAUGAUGAACAAGAAAAUUUUCCUAUAGCAUCAGAAAUACUCAAGAGAGAUCUAUAUGUCGAUGAUCUUUUAACUGGUACACAAACACUUGAAGAAGCAAUUAAAUUGAGGGAUGAAUUAAUUCCUUUAUUACAACAAGGUAUGUUAAAUAUACGCAAAUGGGCUUCCAAUGAGCCUAGACUAUUAGAAGGCCUUCCAGAGGCUAACAAAAAUUUACAAUUACAAUUUAAUGACUCCAGUGCAAUAAAAACACUCGGUGUUUACUGGAGAUCUACUACAGAUACAAUUGUUUACACAGUUAAAACAAUUACGUUUGACGAAAUUACAAAACGCAAAAUUUUUUCUGAAAUUGGAAAAAUCUUUGAUCCUCUUGGACUUCUUGGUCCAGUUGUUAUGACAGCAAAAAUAGUUAUGCAACAAUUAUGGAGUAUAAACAUUGACUGGGAUGAACCUGUCCCAUCACCAAUUAAAGAUGAAUGGUUAACAUUUUAUAACCAAUUACAACUUUUAAAUGAUUUAUCUUUUAAAAGACAUACAAUAUUAAAUGAUACAACAAGUAUACAAUUACAUGGCUUUUGUGAUGCCAGUGAAAAAGCAUAUGGGGCUUGUAUUUAUCUCAGGUCCAUUGAUAAAAAAGGUAAAGUUUACACACAACUUUUGUGUGCCAAAGGGCGCAUAGCUCCUCUCAAGACACUAUCAAUCCCUAGAUUGGAAUUAUGUGGAGCAUUAUUACUUGCUUCGCUUUAUACAACAAUAAUUGAAGCAAUACACAUAACAAUAGAUGACACAUAUUUGUGGUCAGAUUCUACAAUUGUUUUACACUGGCUAAGAAAAGAGCCAAGUGUUAUGAAAACAUUCGUGGCAAACAGAAUUGCCAAAAUACAAGAAAAAACAAAAACAACACAAUGGUGCCAUGUACGUACACAUGACAAUCCAGCUGACCUGAUUUCAAGAGGUCAACUACCUGAAGAAUUCAUCAAAACAACAACAUGGCAACAUGGGCCGUCUUGGCUGUGUGAAGAUCCAGAUGGCUGGCCGAAAUUCGAGAUGACCGAGGGUUGCAGUCUACCUGAGCUCAAGGUCAACACAUGUCUCAACACAACGACAAGUUCAACACAACCGCAAGUAAAUAUAAACAAUAAAAAUGAUUACAAUAUUUUAACUCGUUAUUCAUCUUGGAAUAAAUUACAAAAUGUCAUUGCAUAUUGUCUGCGAAUGAAAACAAACAACAAGAAUACUGGUUAUUUAAAAAUCAAUGAAAUUGAAUAUGCUACUAAUACAAUAAUUAAACUAGUACAGAAAGAAAUAUUUUUUGAUGAAUUAAAAAUUCUAGAAAAUCAAAGACAAUUAAAUCAAAAAAGUAAAUUAAUUAAACUCACUCCAUUUAUUGAUAAAAAUGGAUUAUUGCGAGUAGGAGGGCGAUUACAAAAUGCCUCUAUUCCAUACAAUCAAAAGUAUCCAAUCAUUUUACCUAAAAAUCAUCAUGUAACUUCAUUAAUAAUUAAACAUGAACAUAAAGUACACUUGCAUACUGGUACUCAAGCCACAUUAUAUGCUGUAAGACAACAAUAUUGGCCGAUUGAUGGUCGCAAUCAAGUGAGUAAAAUAAUACGCACUUGUACAACAUGUCUACGAGCACAGCCUCGUACAAUUGAUUAUCUGAUGGGUAAUUUACCAAAAGCAAGAGUUAAUGAAGCAAUUCCAUUUACAAUAGUUGGGGUUGACUUUUGUGGACCUUUUUUAGUUAAAGAAAAGAAAGAAAGAAAUAGAAUUAAAGUUAAAAUAUACGUAGCAGUCUUUGUAUGUCUCGUCAUCAAAGCUGUACAUCUAGAAAUGGUCAGUGAUUUAACUACAGAUUGUUUUAUUGCUGCUUUAAAAAGAUUUGUUGCAAGACGUGGUUACCCGACUGAUAUUUAUUCAGACAAUGGUUUAAAUUUUCAAGGGGCCAACAAUGAAUUGAUUAAACUGCAAGAUCAAUUAAAAUCAAACGAUGCACAAAAUAAAUUACAAGAAUUUUUUAACACAAAAAAAAUUCAAUGGCAUUUUACGCCACCACUUUCUCCACAUUUUGGCGGACUUUGGGAAGCCGCAGUCAAGUCAUUCAAACAUCAUUUUAAAAGGGUUAUUAAACCAGAUAUUUUAUUAUCACAAGAAGAAUUCAACACCUUGAUUAUUGAGAUCGAGGCAAUACUCAAUUCACGUCCACUGACACCUAUUUCAACUGAUCCAAGUGAUUUUAUGGUGCUCUCACCUGGACAUUUUUUAAUUGGACAUGCUCUCACAACUAUAAGAGAUCAUGACUACAACAACAUACCCAUGAACAGGUUGUCUAGAUGGCAACUGAUUGAACAACUAAAACAAGAAUUUUGGCAACGUUGGCACAAUGAAUAUCUCAACGAGAUGAUCAACCGUAGUAAGUGGAACAAAGACAACAACAACAUAGAAAUGGGCGAUGUGGUCUUAUUGAAGGAAGACAACAUUCCACCUAUGCAUUGGGCAUUGGGUCGAAUCAUCGAGACGCAUCCUGGGACGGAUGGUAUUGUCCGUACGGUCACCAUCAAAACAGCAAAGUACCUACAAACGCAACGUCAAGAAAAUAGCACCCCUGGUUCCUUGUGA